AUGGCGCCCGGCGAAGGUCGGGCGGGGACGGUGGGGGCAGGGGCAGUGGCCUGGGAGGGUUCGGGGGACAACUCAUCUGCUGAGUUGUCUCCUCCGCGCAACCUCGUCCCACUCAGGAGGGCGCUCAGCCCUUCAGGCCGCAGCACCACCGCAGGGAGGAGGCCCGACCGGUCGCCGUACCUGCCAGGGGCGGGGAUGUGGUUAAGGCCCCACCUGCCUCGGCUAGACGGCCCCGCCCAUGCCCACGCCUGCUCACCUGCAGAGCCACCAGCCGCGAUCUGACGUUUUCAGCACGUGCACGCGCACGCCUGCGGGCACAGACAGCUCAUCCGCACGGCUGCCCUCGUAGGCGCGGGAAGCACAGAACUGGGGACCUGGGGGUGGAUGUUUGGGGUCACCGUGGGGCCGCAGAGGCCAGGGCCCCUACCCUUCUCCGGAUUCUCCUGGCUUGAGUCUCUGCUGACGCCGGGACCGCCCUAAAACUGGUUUAGGACUUCUAGGUUCAGUGACCAAGCACGGGCUCCUGGGCCCCAUCAAGCCGCCCUUUCCCGCAGUGCUUCUGGCCCAGUUUUGCCACAUGGUCCAGCUGUAAUGAUGGCAUGAGGGGUGGGGGUUAGGUGCAUACCGCUGCUCCCUAGGGACGGGUCUCCUUCCUGGCCCUGGCCCGAAGCCACCUCCUCCAGGUAGGGUGCUGGAAACCAAGCUGUCUGCUGGUCCUGGUUCUCCACCAGCCACCAGCCUGUGCACAAGAGGCGGGUGGGGACUCAGAUCUUGAGGCCCCCUGGCGUCCAAGGGCAGAGAGGUGAAUCCCUGGGUUCUUGGCAGGCCCUACCGGAGGGGUGCCGCAGGAGCACAUCCAGGCUCUCCUGGGCCUGCACCUGGAAAGGCUGGUCCCGUGUGUCCUGAGUGCAGAAGGACUGCAGGCAGCGCAGGCUUUGAGCCUCCAGACUGUGGAUGGAGAGGCGAUCGGCAGCAUGGGAGAGAGGUGGCUCCACCGGGGUGGGCAGGAUCACCCGGCUGGGAAGGGCAGCCCGCACGGUGAGAGGUAGGCAGAUUCCAGGGUGAAACUAGGCGUGCCACGCCACCCCAGCAAGACUGCCAGCCUCCCAGUCUCUACUCCUCUUCACUAGCUGUAACCCCCACCUUGGACCUCCCCCCCCAGCUCCAAAUGCUGCUGCAGGCUGGGAGUUAGGCACGAGUCAGGCACCUGCCGGGUGGCAGCGCGGGCUCCAGGUCCAGGGGUUGCGGUGUGAAGAAGCCUGUGAUCACCGGGCUCCGAGCCACACGCUCUGCGGUUGCCAGCAGCCUCUGAGAAAAGGUUUCCAGCAGCUGCAGGCGUGCCAGGCCGCGGCUCGUGCGCCCCCCACGUGCCAAUAGCGGUGCAUCUAAGGAUACCACCAAAAUGUACUGUGAGACCCCGCUUCAGGCUUCACUGAUCCCUCGAACCACACCCCCCACCCCCAGCAAGCCACCGCCUUCCCUGCCCCCAGACCCAGGCUGGCCUGACCGAGAAGCUUUGGGAGAAUGCGGUCGGAUUUCCGCAGCAGGCCCGCCUCCACCGGAAAGGUCUCCUUGAGAGUCUUCUGAGGGCAGGAACCAGAGCAUCAGUCUCCCAGAGUCCACUGUGCACCCUUAGGAGGGUGGGGUCCCUCACCUUGAUGGCAAGGGCUGGGAGCCUCAGGCAGGAUGAAUGGCCUUCAGUUAGUCACUGAUAGGUCUUGCACUGGUAGUCACCCAGGUGGGGAAUCCUCAACCAUGGUAUUAGGGUGGCCCAGGGUCACUCACCUUGAGCUGCCUGAAUUCCCCCCAGCUCCUGCGCACAAAGGUGUCGCUGCCAUCUGACCAGUGCACGGAGAAGGCAAACGUCUAGGGGAUGUAAAGUUGUGGGUGCCUUGAAGAUGCUGAUUGAGGCACCCCCUUCCUAUGCCUUAGGGCCACUAGAGACGCAGUCAGGUCUUACCUGGAGCCUCUUGAUCUGCACCAGAGCUGUCCCUCGAACUGAAACCGGGUAUCGGGGAGCUGCCAUGGCUGUGGCCUUCAGGCCGCAGACUCCUGAAAUGGGAGUUCAGGCAGCAGAGCCGUGUUCCCUGCUCUGCCCAGCACCUGGAACAGCGCUUGGAGCAGAGCGGCCACUGCACAAAUAAUAGCGGAAUGGAUGAAUGAACACGAGGAGGCAAAGGAAUCCCAGAAGUCGCUCCAACUGGGAGCCCGACCCCUCAUCCAGGCCGUAGGACCGGUGGCAGCCCGGGGCGCGCGGAGAGCCAGAAGCUCUCUCCCACCCUCGGCAGCCGCGCCCCGCCCCGCGUUGCCAGGCGCCCGUUGCCAUGGCGUCGGGGCGGGGCCGAGAGCCCAGGGCCCUAGCGCGCGCCGUACUCUGUGCGGUCAUGCCGGCCCUGCGUUGCCAGGGCUCCCAGCACCCAGCGGGUGGAAGCGCCCCUCAGCGGAGGGCACAAAGCGUGGCUGCGGGCACGCAGGACGCUGAGAGCAGAGGGAUGGGGGCGUCGCGGGCCGCGACACGGACUUCGCCUGGGCCUCAGCCCAGGUCCACAGCAUGGCCGCGGCGCAUCUUCCGCCACACUUUGCUGUUCUACCGGAGGAGGCGAGAGUGCCGCCACGGACUGCGCAAACCCGGCGCGGGUCGCGGAGCGGCCGGAUCCUCCUCCAGCUCCGUCCCCUCCCAGGCCAGCGCUGCGGCCUGUGGCUCCGCCUCCACCCGUGCCCGCUGGCCGGCCCCCGCCCCCGACUCCGCCCCCCGCCCCCGCGAGCACCGUGCGCGCCUCCGGCUCGUAUUUUCGCGCGCUGGCCUGGAGGCCGACCUGGAGGCUCAUCUGGAGGCUGAGCUAGCCCGGCAGACCUUGCGCGGGCAACAUGGCGGCGCCCGGCGAGCGGGGCCGCUUCUAUAGCGGGAAUUCCUUCUUCCUGCCGGGCGGCGCGCGCUCCGAAGUGAUGGACGACCUGGCUACCGACGCACGGGGCCGGGGAGCGGGGCGGAGAGACGCGGCUGAGAGGUCAGCCCCGACGCCAGCCCAGGCAUCGACCUCCGAUUCUCAGGUCGCCGAGGACGUCUCCCGGAGGCGGCCGUGCCGGGCCUGCGUGGACUUCAAGACGUGGAUGCGGACGCAGCAGAAGCGGGACAGCAAAUUUAGGGAGGACUGCCCGCCGGAUCGCGAGGAACUGGGCCGCCACAGCUGGGCUGUCCUCCACACCCUGGCCGCCUACUACCCCGACCUGCCCACCCCAGAACAGCAGCAAGACAUGGCCCAGUUCAUACAUUUAUUUUCCAAGUUUUAUCCCUGUGAGGAGUGUGCUGAAGACCUAAGGAAAAGGCUGUGCAGGAACCAGCCAGACACCCGCACCCGGGCAUGCUUCACGCAGUGGCUGUGCCACCUGCACAAUGAGGUGAACCGCAAGCUGGGCAAGCCUGACUUUGACUGCUCAAAAGUGGAUGAGCGCUGGCGUGACGGCUGGAAGGAUGGCUCCUGUGACUAGAGGCUGGUUAGCCAGAGCCCAUGGGACAGCCAGCCAGGGCCCCUGCAGUAGCCUGGUUGGAUAGGGGCAGGGCACUCAUUAACGUGCAUCAGGUCCGGAGCCUGUUGUGUCUCAGUUGAGUGGUCCCAGGACACUGCCCGGGGGGCCCCGCCCCUCGCAGGUUUGGAACAGAGAGGCACCCACAGCAGGCACCUGCUGGCCUCCUCCUCAGUGGAGCCCCCAAGGAGCAGCAGCUGAACUGCAGGUGAGGGAGACUGGAGGAGCCUGGGCUGCCCCUUGCCAUUCAGGAUGUGGCUUCCUGCUCACCCCAUGCCCUGGUGCCUCGCUCCUCACACAGGAAGACUGGGCCUGGCUGGGUGACCCUGUGCCUGUCCCUGGAGCCCAGGCCAUUGCCUUCCCACUGUGCAGCCAGGGAUGCCCUCAGGGCCCCUGCCCCCCAUGGCUCUGAGCUGCUCACUUCAUGGGCUGAACUCUGCAAUCUGCUUAGUCCUUACAGGAAAGCUCAGGCGGGGUUUGUCUGAGGGUCCACCAUCCUGCCCACUCCCUGCCUGGCUCAUGCCUGCCAGCAUUGUGCCGUGCCUGUCCACAGAGGGUUUGUGCUGCCCGCUGCUUCAGAGUUUGAGGUCCAAAUAAAACAUUGAAGUGACUGAGGA